GCAUCACUAUCGUUGCCGGCGUUCAAUUCGUAAAGCUCCUCGUCUCGCCUUUUCUCGUGUGUUAGUGGUCCAUUCGUAUCGCCUGCGUUCAUCAGUGAUUUACUAUAAAUAUAUACGUAUAUAGAUACGUUACCGUCUCUUUCAUUUGAUCCAAUUUCGUAUAACCUCGUCCAACACAGACAACAAUGAAGACUGUAUGUUUGGCAGCGAUAGCGAUGGUACUAGUCAUGCUGUCAUCCACUUGCAGAGCGCAUGAUGAUGUUAUUGACGCAGUAGCCAUUUCGUCGGAAAGCAAGUACAUCGGGGCCGACUCCAUGUCCCUGUUGCAUAAAAUAUCGUCGGGAAUGAUCCAAGGGUUCAACAACACUAGUAGAGACCGUUCGUCUCGACAGAAACCUUCCGUGUGGACUGAACUCAUAUCACGUUUGCCCGUCUCGAAACUCUUCGACGUCGGAACCAAUGCUCUCAACGUUGCCCGCUUCUGGCCAGCUGGAUUGGCUUCGCUGGUUGUCGGUACUGCCCCCACUACCGGCGCCAUCGUAGGAGUUGUGGCCAUAUCCAUCUUUAUUAUCGUCAUUUGGCUCGUCAUCUACAGUAUUGGAGUGUUGCCCGUUGGUGCAGCGCUGUUGGGCCGGCAAGACUUUGGCGUGGAUUCACCGUACGCUGGCCAUCCAGGAAUGAUGUUUCCUCAAAUGGCUCAACAAUCAUUUCAAGGACCUUAUCCGUACAACCAACGAUUCCAGCGGAGCCUGGCUGAUGCCAGUCGAACCGUCUUGGAUGCCAUCGGUCAAUUCGAAUCGAAAAACCAAUAGAAGAAGAUGCAAACACGAUCGAUUGUUUACGCUCUUUUGUUUUCCAAAUUGAUGCAGUUUGCUCCAUUUGUGUGUCUCGCCUAUUUUAUUAUUCCGUCCCCAUGAAAACUUGUGAGAUCUGGAAUGUUUUGCCCGUCUGUGGUUUUAUUUUUUAAUUUAUUUCCUGCGCACUAUAACAAACGCAAAGGUGUACAUUACCUAUGCAUAUCUAUACAUAUAUAAAUAUAGAAGAAUACAAAUUUCAUUUGUAAAAUAA